AUGCCAAGCAAUACAACCGUUGUUGCCGUGUCUCUUGUAACAGCUGGCCUGGCUUUCGUUUACUAUCGUUUACGCUGCUAUUUUGCAGGAGGAGUAUGCAAGAAUAACGUGUCUAUGAAAGGGAAGACUGUGAUCAUCACUGGAGCAAACACAGGGCUUGGCAAAGAAGUAGCUGUGGAGCUUGGUAAACGUCAAGCUCGUGUUAUUCUCGCUUGUAGAAGUCUUGAAAAAGGCAAGCAAGCCGCGAGAGAAAUCUGUUCCAAGGUUAAAGAUGCGAUAUUAGUCGUGAAGCACCUUGAUCUGUCAUCUCUGGCAUCUGUGCGUCAAUUUGCUGAUGAAAUAUUGAAAGAAGAAAAACGAUUAGAUGUUCUGAUCAACAAUGCAGGGGUGUUUAUGGACCCCCCUAUGAUCAAAACCCAGGAUGGGUUUGAAAUUCAUUUUGGUGUAAAUCAUCUUGGACACUUUCUGUUGACAAAACUGCUGUUAGAGCUGCUUGAGAAAUCAUCACCUAGUCGGGUUGUUGUAGUAUCAUCAGCUCUGGCUAAGAGAGCUUGCAUUGAUUUUGAUAACAUUUAUGCAGAAAAGGGUCAUCCAGGAAGACAGGAUCAUAUGAAAGGACCCUAUGCUCAGAGCAAACUUGCAAAUUUGCUGUUUGCACAUGAAUUAAGUAAGAGGCUUCCUGAAGGUAAUUGCCCAGAAUGAUAAAUACAAUGAAAUGCUAAUUUCUUGAACCUGUUGGGAAAAAGUAGUCCCCCUCACUUCCAUUUUUGUCUCGUCACGGAAAACUUCUCCCCAACAGACAGCGUUUGUUUGCUGUUUUCUCAGGCUAGCAAAAAGAAAGAUCUGUUUGAAUUACCAGGGAAUAAAAUUAGUGUUUGACCUGGUGAAGGGGACUCGCCUGUGGUUCUAAGUAACAGGAGGAUUAACAAAACAAAGGGUUGUGGAAGUGAGAAAUUGGGAUUCUACUGUAGAAUUACAUCCCCUGGAAGAGGGAAGCUAAGGUUACUGUUAUAUCAGGGUAUAAUCGUUGGAAUACAAAUGAAAUUAGAAGUGAACAAAAACUUUGAGCACCUUCAGCGGGACAGCCCCAUCUGUCAUUUGUACACCUUGUUUGCCUCUGCCAGAAUAUUGUGUAACCUUUCUUUUUAAUUUCUCCUGGGUUUUACAGACUUGUCCCAAGAGAAAUUGAAAACAAUGCUUAUACCAAAUUUGGGAGGGGGGGAGGGGCAAACAAGGUGUAUUGUGAGAUAUGUGCAAAUGGCGAGUAUGUGAGAAAUUAAUAUAUUCAUGGAACACAAGGUGUAUCCAGAAAUUUAUGUUGUGAUUGGCUAAAUGUCAGGAAAGGAAUGUUGUUCAGUCUUCAGUACUGAGCCAUUUAUAAAAAAAGGGAAAGGCUGCAUGAUGAUACAAAGGACAGCUGCAUCAGAGCAUGAUAGUCUACAUUAGAACUGUCUUGUUGUGUAAAGGUACUGUCAAGUCUGGUUCUAAUGCUAUGGUUUGUCUCUUUACAUUUUACUAAGGUGUAACUGUCAACUCCCUAAGCCCUGGUAUAUGCUGGACUGAACUUCAUCGCAACUCAUCUUUAAGCUUAAUGAAGAAGCUACUGCUGUACCCCAUUGCAUUUAUAGUUGCCAAGAGACCAAGAGAAGGAGCUCAGACCAUCAUAUAUUGUGCUACUGAAAAGAAAUUAGACCAAGUGUCAGGGGCAGUUUUUACUGAUUGUGAUAUGAAGGAGUUUCCACCACAUACCAGAGAUGAUGGAGUCGCUAAGAAACUUUGGGAGCUAAGUGAAACAUUAACUCAAUAGAACUAAGUGAAUACAGAGUGAACUGUCAGGAAAUAAUGAGCAACUGAAGGAAAAAUUGGUUGAAGAUGAUAAUGUGGUCAUUUUUCUCAUUUUCUUAUAUCGAAGUGUCAUUGCUCUGCUUAAUUGUUCAAAUCAAUGAAUUCAGAAUUCAAGAAUAAUUGGUUUUAUAUUCAUUAUAAAUUUUCCCAAGCCAGCUCAUGACAUCCUACCCUACACAUAGAAUUUCUUAAAUUUGCCUGUUUCUCAGCAGUUUCAUAACAUGAACAGAACUUUUUUCUUGCCUAUACAUGUACCCCUCAAAAAGCAGUUGACAUCAAUAAUUUUGCAAAAGGUUUGAACCCAGGAGUCAAUUCAUAAGUAGGGUGAGCAUGAUCGUCCGGGUGAACGUAGUCCUGAAUAGGACUGUUGU